UUGUAAUUUGCACCAUAAAUUUAAGGAGUAUUUUUUGCCUGACAUCACCAGGAGACGUCAGAAUUCCACGCAAUUAAAAACUAAGGUUUUGAAUGUUAUUUUGUCUCACUCAGUGAACAAAAUGCGAUUUCGCGUACUGUUUUAAGCAUCAAAUUACUCUUGUUCGAGCUGCUUACGUGAAAAAAACCUCACCCUCACUUUACAUGUAGGGGAAUACCCUAAAAAAAAAAAAUAUUUUAUUGCACGACUUUGUCGGCUUUAUUGAUUUAUAUAUCCAUGCCAAAUUGCAGCUUUCUGCACUAACGAUCACCAAUGAUAAACUUAUGACGGUGUAAUUUAACAAAUUUGAUGUAUAUGAUGUUAGCUGGUGUAACACGUUGUAUAUGAUCAUUUCAAUCAUAGUCUAAUUGCAGCCGUACUGCGUAAAGUAUCUCAAUGAUUUAUUUUUUUCACUCCGUCUCAAAGAUGACUGAAAAAGACUGCACAUGUACAUUUCCAAAAAAAAUUCAUGUGGGUAGGUGUCUAUCUCACAACAACCUUUCCAGUAGGUAAGUAUCUAAAUGUCCGAGGCUGUCAAAACUAAAAGCCUGAAAGCUAAUAAGCUCAACUAAUUAACGAUUGCGCUGAUAAGGCAAUCACUGAGCGCUGAGUGCCAUCAAAACUCUCAAAAACAUGUUCAAGUACUAAAUUGCGUCAAAGUACCUAAUAGUAAAAUUAUAAAAUGCGUAGAUACAUCAUGUGUGCCAUAAACACAUCUACCUGUCUACAUAUGAAUAGGCUGUGAAAUCAUUUCCACAUUUUCCUACUUACAACGGAUGACAACAAUGCAAGUUUUUUUUUUCUGAGAUACUUUAAUAUUCAAUCGUUAUUGGUCUGACUAAACUUAGAUUUAGAUGACUAAAUCCACAAAGUAACGCAUCUAUAGCCGCUUCCAUCUACCUAUCACAUACCACUAAUCAUCACCCAGAUUAGGCGUGUCCAUUUAAUAAGUAGCUAUCAAUUACCGAGUCCUACUGAUAACGUCGUUCACGAUAACAAUUCGGCAGUGCCAACCACACCGCCACCAUGUGUGCGUGUCGCCAGAAGAAGGCUUCGUUCUUCAUCGAAGACAUCCUGAAAGAUGCCAAACCGUACAAGAACAUUAGCAGUGAACCAAAAGAGCCAUUAACGUGCUCCGCCCGAGACGAACCAGUCCAACACGGAGCUGACAAUUUAAAACUAGAAUCUGGCUUGAACGAUGCAGCUCGAUUUGAUAGAAUCGAGAAAGAAACCCAAUUUAAUGUGAUUUGCGAGGUUGAAAAAGAACUAGAAUAUGGUAAAACUUAUCUGGAACACAGGAGAAACACUUUUCCACUUUAUCCAACAGCCCUAAAACUAAGUUUUCCUUGGCCGCCGUACAAGAAAGACACAGCGUUUGACAGGCAGUUCAGCUAUUACAGUGACUCUAUGCUGAAUUCGGACCAUAUACUGAGAAGUCAACUAGCUGCUAAUAGAUUCGUACUACCGUAUGUCCCGCAACCAUAUGGAUUUAAUAGAGUAUCGCCUGGGUGGAGCUCUUGGUGGGUCGGAGGCAGACGUAAGGGGGGGCAGGUACGGUUCAGCGCAGGGCAAACCAGCGCUCUGGAGCGCAGAUUUAGUGCCAGCAAGUACCUCAGUCCGGACGAGAGGCGAGCGCUGGCAGCCAGCUUACGGCUCAGCGACAGGCAGGUCAAAACGUGGUUUCAAAACCGUCGCGCAAAAUGGCGUCGCAUGACUCCCGACUCGUCGGAUAUAGGCAGCCCGACCACGGAGGACAGCGACGACGACUUACACGUCGCGGAUGGGAGUUGACUAGAGCAAAAUUAAGGAAUGGACUCAUGGGCAUUGCACCGAAGUCAACUCAACUCAACAAGUCGCGUAUAGAAUAGACAUGAAACUGGCCACGCUAUAUUAUACCGAUGUAUGAAAUUCAUCAUUCGUUCCAUUCGCACAAGAGCUAUACUGAAACACGAUUAUAACAUUGACCAACAAA